AUGAAAGAAUCUUUGGUAGAAGGGUCAAAGAAAAAACUUGUUAAACAUGUAAAAGAUGACACUGAAACUAGGGAAAUUGAGGAGCUGGUUGAUUCACCUCCACUUAGAAUAGGCAUUGAAAGUAGUGGCAACAAGAGAAAAGCUCUUGAAGCUGGGAGGGUUGAUAAUUAUUUUGCUCCUAGGACAUCUUAUGGUUCCCAACCAAGCCUCAAGAGUGUAUUGUCAACUAAAGAAGCACAAUAUAAUGCCAAGAUGGUUAUUGCUCAAUGGGUUAUUCUUAAUUGCAUUCCAUUUAAUGCAUUGGAUUGUCCUCUUUUUCAAAAAGUUGUUGAUGCUAUUCCUGCAAUUAGGCCUGGUUUUAAAGCCCCUAAUGCUUAUGAUUUUAAAGUUAACUUGUUGAAAGAUUGGAAGAAGGAAUGUCAGUUACUGAUUGAGAGUCAUCGUGCAAAAUGGAAAGAAAAUGGUUGUACACUCAUGGCUGAUGGUUCGACUAAUGUUAGACAAAGAAUUUUGAUUAAUUUCUUAGUCUAUUCCAUACAUGGUAUGGUAUUUGUGAAAUCAAUUGAUGCUUCAAAUGUAGUUAAGGAUGCUAAAACUUUACUCUCAUUAUUUUGUGAAGUUAUUGAGUGGGUUGGUCCUGAAAAUCUAGUUCAUGUGGUGACUGACAAUGCUGCUAACUAUGUGGCAUGUGGUAAACUGAUUAAAGAGAAAUAUAAAACUAGUUAUUGGUCAUCUUGUGCAGCUCAUUACUUGAAUCUUGUCUUGAGAGAUAUUGCUUCUAUGCCUCAUGUGUCAAAUCUUGCAACAAAGGCAUCUAAAAUCACUAUAUUUGCAUAUAAUCAUACAAUCUUCUUGUCAUGGCUAAGGAAAAGACCGGGUUGGAAGGAAAUUGUUUGCCCUGGUGCAACAAGGUUUGCAACUACAUUCAUUACCUUGCAUAGCAUAUAUUUGCACAAGCAUGAUUUGCGAGCGUUGGCUAUUGAUAAACAUUUUGUGGAUCACAAAUUGGCAAGAACUGAGUUGGAAGAACUUUCAGUGCAAUUGUAUUAG